GGAGUAUUUCCGUUGCAGUCGUAAUUUCUGGAUGUAUAUAUUUGACGACUUCGACGCUGCGAGCUGCCGUUAAUCAGUGCGCUCUUUUCUCUCCGAUCGAAUUUCUCAAAGCUUGAUGAACUGCGAAGUAUGCCAACUCAAAGAACUCGAUGUUGAGCACUUUGAGAUACGCGAAGUUCUUCGUUUUUCCUGCAAUCAGAAAGGGCUGUGGUGCCAAGCAGUUUGUAAUUUAAUGAAGUUGAUUGCAGGCAUUUUGCACACUAUUUUGUUCCACAGAGCUUUAGGGCUUGUGCGCCCAAAAGACAUUGAUUUGGAACUUUUCGAGAUUACAUAUGUGCAAUGUGGUGAUGUUGAACUUGAGAGGAAGAUAGAUGAGAAGAUUGACCAAUUCCUAGACAGGGUGGAGAAGCACCCGAAUAAGAAAAAUCAGAUAUGUUUGUCCUUCUAUGAGGUAAAAAACAAACAGCCUACAUGGUUCACUAAUAAAGUUGAACGCCUCUACUGGGAACAGUGGUACAUAAACUUGAAUGUGGCACAGCAUCAGAAAGGACAUUCUGGAAAGUCCACCUCUUCCAAAAUAGUAGUCGAUCCUGAAGCCGAGGAAAGGACUGUUCGCCGUGCGGCACUAGAAGCUUCACUUCGUGAUGUUCUGUUCCAGAUAAUUAGAUUUGUGAAUGAAAAGAAGGAUCACAUUCCUCCAAUACCAAACCUUGAAGGCGUUUCAUUCCCCUAUGAAAUUACUAUCUCAAGUUCGUCAGAUUCUGCAUUUGGAAUGGAAAUGUUCAAGAGGAUGCUCCAAACCGGGCAUCCUACGAUGCUCAGCUGACUAGCGAGUAGCGAGGCCCUCUGGCUGCUAUAUUUCAUCUCCAGCUCUCCGUUAUGCACUUGUAAUGCAUAUGCUGCCUGUGAAUAUUUUAUGCUAAAUUAUGUAAAUUGAGCUUUAAUUUACAGCCAAUUAUAUGAGUUUAUGUACUUGGAAUGAAUAUGCUGUGAAUAUAUUGUAUGGAGCUCUAAUUUACUGCCACAUCGAAUUUGGUGCUCUAUGGAAGCACGACGAUUUUGUACAUACCAAUUAUGAAAUUCUUUUAACUAUUCUUUA